GGUUCGGGAGGAAAAAAAAAAAAAAAAAAAGAUGGCGUCUGCCGGCGGAGGUUCGCUGACUAUCCUGGAGUACUUCGGGGGAGAGAAUGGCAACCGCUGCGGCUACUGCAAGAGCGAGGCUGGGAACAUGUCCCAUGGCAUGUGGGCUCAUUCACUUACAGUUCAGGAUUACCAGGACCUGAUAGAUCGGGGAUGGAGACGAAGUGGAAAAUAUGUGUACAAGCCGCACAUGAGCCAGACUUGCUGUCCUCAGUACACCAUUAAGUUGGCAGCAUUAAACUUUCAACCAAACAAAUCUCACAAGAAAGUACUAAAGAAAAUUAGAAAGUUUAUUCAGACUGGAGAAAUGUCUCAUUCAACAAGUGAUGGGACUGUUGGAGAACCAAUGGAUUCUCAGGCGGAUAGCCCAGUUUCCUACAAUGUAUCCAUUCCAGAAAAGCCUGAAAUCUCGAAAGAGGAACUAAAACCACUGUAUACCGAACUAGAGGAAUCUGAGCGCGAUCAGGAUGAGAAAGUUUUACAGUCACAAAGUGACUCUGGCGUUAAUGACCAAAAGGCGGAUUGCAUACAAAGUGCUAAAGAUCAGACUAUAGUCACCUCAAUUCCAAAACCAGGGAAAGGAGCCGAUGCAAAUAAGCCACCCUGCCGGAAAGCCAAAGAUAUUCGCAAGGAACGUCGCAUGCAGAAACUGUUACUUCAGCAAUCCAAUAAUACCUGCUUGUCACAAGAGUCCCCUGUCAUCAAACCCCCAAAACCUCAGAACAUCAGUUGCAGCAAGACUUUAGAGGAGUUCCUCUCCGUGACACAGUCAGAACCCACAGCUCACACUCUGGAGGUCAAGUUAGUCCCAGUUUCCAUGGAGGAUCAUGAAUUCGUGUCAUCCUUCGAUUGCUCUGCAGAUCUGUUUGCCAAGUACCAGAUGAGUGUGCACAAGGAUACCCCUAAUGAGUGCGGCCCAGAAGAGUUCACAAGGUUUCUCUGCGAUUCUCCAUUAGAGCCCGAGACGCGCCCUGAUGGACCCACCUGUGGUUAUGGUUCCUUCCACCAACAGUAUUGGCUAGAUGGAAAGAUUGUUGCUGUGGGAGUGAUCGAUAUCCUUCCUAAUUGUGUCUCCUCUGUAUAUCUGUACUACGAUCCUGAUUAUUCAUUCCUUUCACUUGGGGUGUACUCCGCCUUACGAGAAAUCGAGUUCACUCGUGACCUCCACAAACAAGCAGCUGAUCUGUGCUAUUAUUACAUGGGUUUCUACAUACACACUUGUCCCAAGAUGAGGUAUAAGGGUCAGUAUAAGCCAUCUUACCUGUUGUGCCCAGAGACCUAUAUAUGGGUGCCCAUAGAGAAGUGCUUUCCUCUGUUGGACAGUUCUAAAUAUUCACGUUUCAAUAGUAACCAAGGAGAAGAGGACAGAGACAACCUGACUGAAUUGGGACGAGUUCGAGUACUGCACAAACGUACCGUAAUGCCGUAUAGCAUCUACAAGAAAAGACGAAAGGGGCAAAAUGACGAGGUGGAUGUAAGACAAUACGCAGGGCUGGUCGGACAGACCUGCGCAGAACGUAUGGUUCUCUACCGCAUGUGAGACAUAAAGACUACUUUACUGUGAGAGAUCUUCAGGCCCUCUGAGAAGAUGCCUUCUAGGGACUUGGGUGGAAAUUGUAAUCUGUGCAUGCCAGUAAUUCCAUAUGGAAAAUGGGAUCCAAUUCAACAAAAUCUGAAGGACUGGGAAAUAUGCUUGACAAUGACUCAAAGUCAUUCUUCUCCAUUGAAGAUUAGAAUAUCCUAUAGACAUCUUUCUAAAUCUGAGAGCUAUGCAAUGGAAUUUCUACAUGUCUUUUAGUUCUCAUGCCUAUCACCCACGUGCCCUAAAAUUUAGACUUGUGUAGCAUUUUUUUUCCUUUCUCAGUCUAAACAUAUAAAAAAGAGAAAUUUCCCAUUUUAAGAUUUCAGUUAUAGAUUUAACAUUUUAGUUCAGGGUUUUCACUUUCCAAAGCCGUGUUUUCCGAAUGCCUCUGGUAGAGUGAUGGUUAACCGAGCUGGAAAUGUUCAGUGUCUGGGACCAUCUGCUUUUUAUGUACAAUACAGACCUAAAACUCAUUGGAAGAGCCAACUAGUAGAUAAAUUCAAAGUACCACGUCUGCAUAUUAAUGUUCCUGACCACCAUUCAUUUGCCAUGCUGACACUUGAUGCAAUGCAGGUAACUACAUCCAGGUCUUUUAUUACUCUGUCACGUUUUAAUUAAUGGAGCUGUUAUUUUGUGUCUGUGGUAUGUAACGUGUGUGAGUUUAUUGCUAAAAUAAAACCAGACAAGUGUACUGAA